AUGGUGACCGACCAAGGCAGUAGGCAUUCGAUACAAUCUAAGCAACCAGCCUACGUUAAUAAACAACCGCAAAAAAGGCAGCAGAGAUCUUCUGUCGCAUGCCUUUCUUGUAGGAAACGUCAUAUAAAAUGUCCUGGUGGUAACCCUUGCCAAAAAUGUGUUACGAGCAAUGCCAUAUGUGAGUACUUGGAGCCGUCAAAAAAAAUUGUUGUGUCGACAAAGUAUCUGCAACAACUGCAAAAAGACUUGAAUGAUAAAACUGAAGAGAAUAACCGCCUGAAAGCUUUGCUCUUGGAGAGACCAGUGAGUGUACGUGGUAAGGAUAACAGCGAUGAUGACGAGAGGCAUAUAAACAAUGCACCCUCAAGUGACACAUUGGAAGUAUCCAGCGCUCCGGCGGCUCCUAUAUUUGACCUCAUGUCCAAUAGUAACACUGCGUCCGAUAACGAUAACGACGAUGACAACAGCAACAGAAUCACAAAUAAUAGGAGCUAUGAUCAUAGUUUGGAAAAAUACUACAAAAAGGCCAUCAGCAUCUUUAAACAACCAGCUAAUGCUAAUGGCGAAAAUGGCAACGGUGCCAAUGGUCAUGAGGAUGAUGAUGAAGAUGAUGAAGAAAUAUCAACAAAUUUUGCUCAAAGAAGUGGUAGGCUCAUAGAAUCUCACAAUGGAUUCCAUUAUUUUGUUGGAUCUUCUUCAAUGACAUUAUUUGGGUUAGAAAUUCAAUCUUUGGUUACAAAGUAUAUUUCGGUCAAGAAUUUUCGACCUUUGCCAAUAAACACCAAAAACAAGAUUUUAAAUUCAAACCUGAACCCGGCUAUAAGUUCUUUUAUCAAUUCAAACAACUAUCUUUUCUCGUCCUAUAAUUUUUUGAACCCUAUAUCGACUAUUGUCAACUUAAACUCAAUCAACGAUAAUUUAUCUCCAUUGAUGUUUAAGAUAAUUUUGAAAAGCGAUACGGAUGGUAGUAGUGGCCAGGAAGAGGUAAUACAGUUUCAGUUGCCUUCGUAUAAUUACACAAAACUAUUAAUUGACUGCUUUAUAAAUUAUAACGAUGGUUGUUUUUACUUUUUCAACGAAGGCCUGGUUAAAUGUGGCAUUAACAAAUUGUACUUGGAAAAUAAAUGGCUAUACUAUGAUAAUACCAAAAAAGCUUUGGACAAUGAGAAUGAUCCAAUUUUACAAGCUGUUUGGUUUUGCAAAAUUUUGUUAAUUUUAGCAGUAGGUGAAAUGUAUCUGGGUUCCAUCAAUAAUGAAAUGUUGAAGAAUUAUUCUAAUCAGCCAAAAUUGCCCGGUUCAAAAUUUUUUCAAAUGGGUUCUAAAAUUUUUAAUUGUUUGUUCUCAAGUGAAAGAUUAGAAAAUGUGACUAAGAAAGGCGGUAUUGAAGUCCUGUUGUUAUACGCGUUCUUCUUACAGGUGGCUGAUUACACUUUAGCCUCUUAUUUUUACUUCGGUCAAGCCCUAAGGACGUGCUUAAUUCUAGGCUUACAUGUUGAUUCUCAAAGCGACACUCUAUCCAGGUAUGAAAUCGAGCAUCAUAGGAGACUUUGGUGGACAGUUUACAUGUUUGAACGAAUGCUUAGCUCAAAAGCUGGGUUACCAUUAAGUUUCACUGAUUAUACAAUCUCUACAGCACUGCCAGCGGAUAUUGAUGAUGAAACUAUCGAAGAGAAAAAUAGUCACUAUGUUUUCAGAAAGGCAGAAUUGAUUUCUAACUGCGUUACUAUUGUGAAAAUCAAUGCACAAAUUUUGAGCAAAUUAUAUCAAAGGCAACCUGAGACAAACAUCAUAAUUACUUUGAAAGUUGUCAUCAAGCAGUUGUUGGAAUGGAGGAACAAUUUGUCCGAUUCCUUACAGGUGGAUUUUACGCAAAAGGAUGAAGAUUUCAAAAUAUCGAGAUUGUCAACCAAUAUGUUUACGGAAUAUUUUCAAGGAAUAAACUUGGCCGUGAGACCUUUAUUAUUUCAUUUUGCAUCCAUUCAAUUGAAAAGGUUCAAAACGAGCAAUACUUUCGUCAACUUACAAAACUAUUCUGCCACAAUAUCUUCCUUAUUAACAUGUUCUUUGCAUGCUUCUGUGAAUACUAUUAGGUCUCUGUGGAGUUUAUUACAGAAUAGUAUGCUUGCUAUGUUUAGUUAUAUGGACAGAGAGUAUCUUUUUACUUCUUCUUGUACUUUAUUACUAUUCAACACUGCUUUUGGUAUUCAUGAACAAACACUAUAUCAUUUGGAUCAUUCUCUGGAAAUUUUCACACAAAUGAGAAACUUAGGCAACAUUCCAGCAGGCUUAAGAAGAGCACAAUUAUUAACAUUAAUGGCAAAUUUGGAUUUCCACGGCAUAAUGAAUGACUUGAUUACUAAAUAUAACGAUAUUUUGAAAUUUGAUUCUAUGAAUUGUGAAAACGAUAACAUAGUAGAAGAUAGCAAUGAACCCAAAAGAGAAACCGAAAAGUGUAAACCUCACAAAGAUGGCGAUCGCAUUGACCCUUCAAUUAUAGACUGUGAUAAAUCAAACACCAAUACAAAUAUGAUCAAGAACGAAUCUAUAUCGAACAUUGUUAGCAUACUUCCGGAAGGCGCGAAACCAACGCUGACUGAUUAUAGUAAUGGUAAUAAUGAUGUUAAUGAUAUUAACGUCAAUAACUCGGAACCUUCUACUUUUUUUGAUAUCAUAACUGCGAGCUUGGAAAAUUCAUACCAAACCACGCUAACUGAAAAGGGCUCUCAGGUGAUGGAAAAAAACAUGGAUCAGUUGGAUUCCGUUCAUAAUCUAAAUGAUGACGAUUUACAACAAUUGUUGGAGGAUUUAGGCAAUAUUGAUCAUUCCGAUGAAAAACUUUGGAAGGAAAUCACUGAUCAAGCAAUGUGGCUGGGAAAUACUAUGGAUCCAACUGCAGCUGCUGGUAGUGAAAUUGACUUUACUGAUUAUUUAGGACCAUAA